AUGCACUCGGACUCCAGCUCGAGCAGCAGAGCCUCGUCCCCGGACAUGGACGGCAUGUUCCUGCAGCACCACCACCACCACCUCAUGGGCUCCGUUUCCUCGUCCACGCAGAGCAGCGAGCUACGGCAGAAGCUGGCCGAGAUGGAGCAGCACCUGUCCUCGCGCUCCGGCGACGCGGCCUCCAAGCUGCUGGCGAGCAGCAAGUACAAGCUGAAGAAGCAGGUGACGGAGCAGGAGAUCCAGCAGCUCCGCCUUAAGAUCAACGGGCGCGAGAGGAAGCGCAUGCAUGACCUCAACCUGGCCAUGGACGGCCUGCGCGAGGUGAUGCCCUACGCGCACGGGCCCUCGGUGCGCAAGCUGUCCAAGAUCGCCACGCUGCUGCUGGCGCGGAACUACAUCCUGAUGCUCAACAGCUCCCUGGACGAGAUGAAGCGGCUCGUUGGGGAGAUUUACGGCGGGCAUCACUCGGCCUUCCACUGCGGGACCGUGACGCACGCGCCCCCCGGCGGCGGUGUGGGACACCCGGGCAGCGGCGGCCCUGCGCACCCGGUGGUGCAUCACCCGCUCCUCGGGGGCGCGCUGUCCUCCAGCACGACGUCCACCUUGUCGGGCACGCUGCCGGGACUCACGUCGAUCCGGACGCCCCACUCCCUGAUGAAGAGCGGCCCCGCACCCCCGGCUCUGCAACUGGGCACGGGCUUCCAACACUGGGCCGGGCUACCCUGUCCGUGCCCCAUCUGCCAAGUGCCUCCCCCGCCUCCACCCCCUCACCUCCCCAUCCCCUCCGCCGGGCUCACGAGACUCUCCGGCGGGGACGGCAAAGACGAGCGGAUGAAGUGA